AUGUCUUCCUCCCUCGACCAGCUCAAGGCCACCGGCACCACCGUCGUCUGCGACUCUGGUGACUUCGCAACCAUUGGCAAAUACAAGCCUCAAGAUGCCACCACCAACCCCUCCCUGAUCCUUGCGGCCUCCAAGAAGCCAGAGUACGCCAAGCUCAUCGACCAGGCCGUUGAGUACGGAAAGAAGCAUGGCAGCAGCAUUGACGAGAAGAUCGAUGCGACUUUGGACAACUUGCUGGUGCAGUUCGGCAAGGAGAUCUUGAACAUCGUCCCAGGCCGUGUCUCCACCGAGGUGGACGCUGCACUGUCCUUCGACAAGAAGCGGUCAGUCGAGAAGGCAUUGCACAUCAUCGACCUUUACAAGGAGUCCGGCAUUGACAAGUCGCGUGUCUUGAUCAAGCUUGCCUCCACCUGGGAGGGUAUCCAGGCCGCCCACGAGCUCCAGACCAAGCACGGAAUCAACUGCAACCUGACCCUCAUGUUCUCCCUGGUCCAGGCCAUCGCCGCUGCUGAGGCCGGCGCCUUCCUCAUCUCUCCAUUCGUCGGCCGUAUCCUCGACUGGUACAAGGCCAACACUAAGCAGGAGUACACCAAGGAGAACGACCCCGGUGUCAAGUCCGUCCAGCAGAUCUUCAACUACUACAAGAAGUACGGCUACAACACCAUCGUCAUGGGUGCUUCUUUCCGCAACAUUGGCGAGAUCACUGAGCUCGCUGGCUGCGACUACCUCACCAUUGCACCAAACCUCCUCGAGCAGCUCUACAACUCCCAAGACUCCGUCCCACAGAAGCUCAAGGCCGACGACGCCAAGUCGCUCAGCAUUGAGAAGAAGAGCUACCUCAACGACGAGGCUGUCUUCCGCUUCGACUUCAACGAGGACACCAUGGCCGUGCACAAGCUGUCUGAGGGCAUCAGCAAGUUCGCCGCCGACGCAGUAACGCUCAAGGACAUUCUCCGACAAAAGCUCGGCGCUUAG